AUGACUCUGGCCCCGUCCAUUUCCCAGCCGUGGAACGGUAGCAUGAGUUUCUCCUUACUGCAGGAAACAGUCGCGAUAUUGCGAGAAGCCGCCGAGCUCCUGAAACGCUCAGAGGCAGCGCCUCGAGAGCACUGGUACACGCAUUUAUGGGCCCAGUGUAUCCUGAUUCGCGAACUUUUAUGUCGCAUAGAAUCUUUUGUGGAAGAACACAACCAGCAUGUUGUGGAUUUGUUGACGUAUCUUGAAAUCAGGAUCAAGGGUCUCAUCAUUCCACCUGGAAAGGCUUCAGACCAAUCUCCCGCUCGCCGAUACGCCCGCCUACUGAAGAUAAGCAAGCUAUGGCAAGAAAUUAAGACUCAUGAUACCGAGGCAAAACUGGCCUUCAUUCACGCAUUCUUCGACCUCCAACCACAUGCUGAAUUUCUUGAGUAUCUAGAGCAGUGGUACAACAUAAUCACUGUCAAAUACCCCGAGAGCCCUUCAAAUUUGUCCCAUAAUCGACCUGAGUCUCGGAGGCGAAAGAGAAAGAAUCCUUCGGACGAUGUGUGGGAUGCAGCUCAAUCUCUCUUCAACGCUCUUCUGGAGUCAAAGGACUGUGAAUGCCGUCCCGUGCAUGACUUCGGGAUGAGGCUUCACGUUGGUACAUAUAGAAAACCACCGGGCAUAACAAUGGAUGCCUGCUCAAAACGUGACUUUGAAAUGUUCAUAUCGAUGGAAGAAGAGUGGCACGAGGCUCAUGUAUGGAUUGACGAGAAACAAAGAGACAAAAUAGUUCAAUUUGUCACGGAGACAGAAAUCACAGAACCAAAACGACAAAAGCAUUCCAGACAAAUGAAAGUGACGCAGUUAUGUCCACCGAUACGCAAGAGCCGGCCAUCUGACCGUCGUCUUGAGUUAAAAGUCGAUGGUCAGGGCCGACUUCUCAAAUUGAUAUCCAAAAAGUGUUGCUUUGCAGUUGACACACCACCCGUCUCUCUCGAAGAAUUCAUGCAGUCUCGGUCUCGAUCAUUUACGGAUAAAACAAAGCGAAUCCUGGCAGUACUGCUUAGUUAUGCCCUCCUUCAUCUGCAUGGCACUGCGUGGCUUUCUCCCAGCUGGGGCCCUUCAAAUGUGUAUUUCUUCAGGACAAACACCGCAAGAAUUCCUUUGAAACCUUUUAUCCAAGCUUCCUUGGAUGCUAGGCCUGAUGUCUCCUCGUCUUUAGCCGGUGGGCCGGGAGAGUUUAGCACGGAUGAAGAAGAUCUGGAGGACAUAGAUCCCGACGAUGUUCUCGUUCACCAGUGUCCAGCUCUUGUCUCUUUAGGCGUCAUGUUGAUGGAGAUGUUCCUAGCAACACCUUUUGAAACAUUGGCUCAGCAAUCGGGGGUAUAUCCCGCUGAUCGUAUGAAAUUCACAGAUGCGGAUACAGUGUUUCAGAAUUUCAAGGCUGAGAUUCCUCAAAAUUCUCAAUUCUACUAUGCAGUAGAGAAAUGUCUGGACCCAAGUGUUUGGGAAAAUGAGGACGCAAUCCGGCUGGACGACGAUACUAUCCGAAAACUUAUAUAUGAGGAGGUAGUGCAACCACUAGAGGAUGAGCUCUUCCAAGGGUUUAGUUAUAUCUCGCGAGAUGACCUCGACCAAUUCGCCCAAAAUCUGGAUUUUGAUGGCUGGGGUCAAGUGAUUCAAAGCCAGCACAAAGAAUCUUCAAAUUCGCAACCUGAAAGCAUCCAACGGUCGGAUUCCUAUCCCAAUGCCGACAAAAAUAGUCUGGAAUUCUUCGACGACGACAGCAUUGCGGAUAGUCACACUACGGAAGCAUGUCAGAAUUACAAAAUAUGGGAAGUGAAGUACAUGGAAGUUUAUGAAAAGUUCAUCCAAAGCCCUCCCAAAAGCCCCGUCAAAAUUGCGAUUCUUGAUACCGGUAUUGACGAGAAACAUCCUGAUAUCGAUGCAUGCGUCGACCAGAUCAAAGAUAGAUACGACUGGACCGACGAAAGUUCUAAUGGAAAAGCCAAUGACCGCACUGGACACGGUACAUUUAUUGCAGCGCUGCUAUUAAAAUAUGCGCCAGAUGCUGAGAUAUACAUCGCCAAAAUUUGCGAUACAAGACCGUCUAGCCCUCAAACGAUCGCGAAGGCAAUAAAUUAUGCGGUUAAUGAGUGGAAGGUUGAUAUAAUCACCAUGUCAUUUGGUUUCCCUACUCGGAAUAUUGUUGGAUACAAUGAGUUGGAAAAUGCGAUUGAUAGGGCACACUUCGAAAAUGUACUACUACUUGCUGCCGCUUCAAACAACGGUGGAAACAACGACCGAGCAUACCCUGCAGGCGAAGAAAAGGUUAUAUGCAUUCACUCCACCGAUUCCAACGGAAAUCGGUCGCCUUUCAGCCCAACUGCCCGUGCAGAUGCCAUCAAUAUCGGGACGAUUGGUGAGGCAGUCACUUCCGCCUGGCCGGUCCAUCUCUGCUCUCCGGUUACGGCCCUGCCAGUCAAGCAAAAGUCUGGUACAUCUUUCGCGACAGCUAUAGCGGCAGGCAUUACUGCAUUUUUGAUACAGUAUGUCAGGUUGUAUUUGCCUGAGCAUGCACAGAAAGUGAAGCGAAAGGCUAAAAUGGAAGCUGUCUUUCGAAGAAUCGCGGAGAAGACUGCAUCUUCUAUACCAAGAGAUGACUAUCAUUAUUUCUCUUUGAGCCAACACCCAAGCAAUCUUUUUGGGAAGCAACGACACUUCAUUGACGAGACUCUGCGUGAUAUACUUGACCAUGCCUAG